CCCAUCCCAGUCGAGUUCGGGAUGCUGCAGAUCAGUCCACUCAACAUUUCGUAGUGGCGGUACCAUUCCCCUGCAUCCCACUCUUUCUGUGACUGGACUCUUGAACAUUUUGGACAAAGGGGGGCCGUAUUGUCUCGUCCUUGUUCUGUGCUGCGGUCACUAAACGGCCUGUGUGUGUGCUGUGUUUGAUGAGGAAUUUGCCGAUUAAUGUUUAGUUGUGUUUUGAGAGUGCCUUAAUGUUUUAUUGAUAAAAAAGAUUAAGUGCUAUAAGUCUUGCCAAGCUACUCUUCAUAGACCACUCUGUUUCGCAUUGGCCGUUACUCAAAAUGUGUUUUAAUUUAUGGUUAGUUGAGAAAUUCAUGAAGCAGAAUUAAUUAACUAAAUGUGUUACUUCAUCUCCUUAUACUCUUGCAUUUUUGGAAAAGAGUUUUAUAAGUUAUCAUCUGACGUAUCUCCAAUUGUCAAGCACAGCUUCUUGCAUUUUAUGGUACUUGAUAUCUGAAUCGAAAAUGUAUUAGUGUGUCUUAAUAGUGUUAUGUAACUACAUGAAUGCUUAUUUUAUAUUACGCAUACAUUUGCAAUAAGUACCAAUUAUUUAGUGACAGUAUAUCUAUCAUCAUAUUCAGAAGCUGGUGAUACUAAUUCCAUUUUGCUUAUCUUCUAAAUGUGUUUGGAAAAGUGUCUAACAGAAGAAAAAUUUCAUCCAUCUUAAGCAUUUUGUAUGUUAUUCAAGUAAGGUGUUUUAAAGGUUUGCCUCUAAAUCUUAUUUCCUUUGUAAAGUAUUUCAAUUUGUUUCAGUUGUAUACUGAAGUAAUCUUUGUUAAUUUGUGACAUUAUAUGUUGUGAUUAUCAUCGAUACAAUUCAAGAACAGUAUAGCUGAUAUCUAUCCAAAAAUCAUUUUCAUUAAUCGUUCGUUAUCUCUUUGUCAUUUAUGCUCUUUUUCUUAAAAUUAUAUCUGAUUGAAAUGAUACAGUCUUUAAAGAUGGUUUUAAACUUGUUAUGCUUCUUCGAAUUCAAUGAACAACAAAUCAGUUGGUAAUUUGCAGAGCAAUCAAGAUUUCAGCCCGUGAGUCAACAAUAACACAGACAAACGUCCGAAACCACAGCUAUUAAAGCAUCUUUGAUUAUUUUCGCGUGCUUCUCCGUCUGGGCACGCGUUUCUGUUAUAAGAACAUUUGCUGAGCGGAAGGGGAAGUGGUCCAAAAAUUCUGUGAGAAAGAGAGAAGCCGGCUUUUGUACUGAUAGACAUUUCACACACCCUGCUCAAAUUAUGCUGUCAGAGAGUUGGUGUAUCCGAAGAUGAUGCAUUUCCGUGGACUUAUGAUGCAAGUGCUUUUAUUCAGAAGUGACCAAUGUUUACUGUACCAUUUAAAAUCUCGCGUGGACUCUUUGUUAGGGUUAACCAUCAUGAUGUGUCCAAAAAUGUAGAGAAUUUCACCUCUUGUCUUUGUUACAUUCCCAUUAAGUGGACCAAUGAUGUUUGGACAGAAAGCAAAAACAUCGUCAGUUUUUCUGUAAAUUGUUCAAUUUGUGGAGAUAAAACUUCGUUAAUUAUCGGCGACUGAUUUGUUGAUGCCCGACCGACAGGCGACGGCCAUGUUGGACUGUGAGGACGGCGAGAAAGACGGAAACUCCAAUUGCAAACAUUGCCAAGCAAGUGGAGAUAAUCAGCAACGUUACUGGGACAUCCAAUUGGAUCAAGAUUUGUUGGAGACCAUUGUUAGCAUCUAUCCCGAGUGGUUCAAGGAUUGCAAUAUGAACCUUGCCGCCGAUGGUCGCGACACAACUGAGAACUCCAUGUGCAUACCUCUGACGUCCUCCGACUCCAAAACAUCCGCCAAACAGGAGAACGGAGAAUCUCUGCAGCGAACCAUAGACAAAAAUAAAGAAUCUCUUAAAGUUAAACUUAUGCUUCGACGUCCGCUCAACCAGCUGAUUGACCAAGGAAUUUUGCCAACUAGAAAAUCUCCACCAGCAUUCCAUGAACAAAGACAAAAGUUGGAGAGGGCCAAAAUGGGCGACAUUUUAAAACACAAGAUUCAAAAGAGACCAGACAGACAAGAACUGGUGCAACGACAUAUCCUUGAAGAUUCUUGCAUCGAUCCAAGUUUACAAGACAAGCAGAGGCAAUUGAAAAGGGCGCGUCUUGCUGAUGGCCUCAACGAUAGAAUAUCACAAAGACCAGGACCUCUGGAGUUGGUAAAGGUGAACAUAUUGCAUGCAGAUGAACUCUUGGCUCAAGCUGUCCAUGAUGGUUCCUUACCGUUCAAAAACACAUGCGACACACCUUCGCCAAAGACAAGGGUUGGCUUGGAUGAAGAUAGUGGAAGCGACGGUACUUUCUCCCCGUCGCCCCCCUACGACUUUAGCGAACAUUCCCAGGGCAGCUUGCCUUCACUGGAAGCGAGCGAGCCGUCACCGAACCCCAACCAGGGGUCGCCUUGUUCCGCCGGAACUUCCUUUUCCAUGUCACCCCCCAGCUCGGUGUCCUCCCCAUUGUCCGUCCUGCCGUCCGUCGUGUCGCCGCAGUCGGCUCACGAGCAAAUUUCAGAUUAUAUCGUUCACAUGCAUCACAACGGCAACAAGGAGUCCUCCAACAAAAACAGGAAAAAGACCAAGCCAAAGACGCAACCCAAGCCGAGAACAAUUAAAUUUCAUGAAUAUAAGGGUCCACCAAAUGCUCAAAAAAGUGCCCCAACAAAUCCAUCAGCUAUGACAGAAUCAUCCUACGACUUUUUGCAAUGGCAACUUUUCCUGCAGUGGCAAUUAGAAUGGCAACAAAAGUAUCCUCAAGUAGUUUUGCAGCCAGCCCAGAAACCAAAUGGGGACCAAACAGGGCAAGUAAAUCAAAUAUCUAACUCAGCAAACCAGACGCAACAGCUUUUGGAUGCGCCUGCUUCACCACAAAGACUACUUUCGAAGCUAGAAGAUCUGAAAGUGAGUGACCUGAAAGCCAUACUGAAGAAAAGGAACCUUCCAGUGUCCGGUUCAAAACCCCUUCUAAUAGAGCGAAUCAAAAGCUAUUCAGAAUUACCUCAAAAUGUUAACACUUCGUCCAACAGCCAGCCUGUGCCUUCAUCUUCCAACGCCACUUCGAAUGAUGCUUCAUCUCGUCCCAUCAGCGUUGGAAGCAUGCUUCUGGACAAUCUGCACACCAUUCCAGCUGUUGAUAUUCCCGCCUGUUCUGUGAAUGCCUCCACACUAGACGGAACGACGGAUACCAUCAAAAAGCUCCUCGACAAUAUGACAUCGAAUUCCCGGCCAUCAUCUGCCAUUCCCACAGAAAUUGAGCAAUUAUCAAGUAAUUUGGAAAUCAACGACUCAUCAUCCACCUCCCUAACAAACGAAGACAUUGUCCAAAGGCAACAGAGACGUAUCGAGAAAUUGCAGCGUGACAUUGAAAGGUUCCAGUUACAAUUACAACAAUCCAUUAUGGGCAGUUUGCCAUCUGUGACACAGUCGGCUGUCACAACUGCGAAAUCGAACGGUUUUCAAGUGUCUUUCUCCGAAUCAACUACAUCAAACCCUGCUGUCACCUCUUCUGCUGCUAGCACUGAUGUUGAGAGUCCAUCAAGUGCGGAAAACAAAGCUGCACAAAGGCAGCUCAUCCAUCAGUACUUCAAGCAAAAAAUUCAGCAGCAAGAGCUACAACUACAGAAACAGCAACUAAUUCAAGAAGCCCAAAAACAACAAGCUGCAAGUACAGCCGUCAGUACAUCAAACACAACUUUGCCGACAAAUGCGAAUUCGACGCUCACGGCAUUGCUGGAGAGGCGACCUAUGAACGCUAGUCCAGACUUCCUAGAUUCAGUGACAAAAGCCGUGCCGGCCUUCCCUUCAUCCGUCUUGUCAACGCAAGUCGAGGAUUCCAAAUCGGGUGACACAAUAGAUGAUGGAUUUCCAGGAGUUAUGCCCUUGGAACAGAAGUAUGAGGCGAGAUGCGAUGUUGACGCCACGUUUGGAAGUGUGAGCCCUCUCUUAGUCGGCCGUACUUCAACAGACAUUAUUGUGCCUUCCAAGACAACGUCGACUUCUACUCCUAGUGCCUUAACUGACAGAUCCUCUUCCCUGCCGAACUUCUCAGCCUUGGUAUCGAAUAAACCUCACCCUGCACGAAGUAAUACUGACCCGCAAUUCAUCAUAGAAAGACCGCCACCGAAUUACGAUGAAGCAACAAGGCAACUUAAUGAAGUUAAACAGCAUCAUCUAACAAUUGGCAAUGAGGACAGUAACCCACGUCAAGCCAAGAAACAAAAGUCGUCCGUAAAAAGCCAAGCUGUUGAUGAUGUUCUGGAAAUACUAAUAAAAAAUGGAGAGUUGCCACCGAGUGCUGCUCAAGAGCCUACAACCCCUGUGACGCCCAUCACCGGCAAGAGCGAACAAUCGACCAUUGGAAUAUUUUCAGUUUCAAAUUCCAGUGAUACUCUGUUUUCCAAACCAAUCACUACUACCUCACUGCUAUCGACUACGAUGGUGACAUCUACUGCAGGGACGGAUCUGCCGACAAAUACUCCGGAUCUUCAUUUAGCGUCUCUACAAUCUGUUCUGGAUAUGACUCCGCCCUCGUCGGCGGGUUUCGGAGACACAAGUUGUGCACCAACUUCUUCUUUAGACUUCGAUUUUCAUUUGGAUAUGGGUGACAUUGAAGCGAUGGAAUUCGACACGUUAGAUGAAAGUCAUCAUGUUUCCUCCAAUUCAGAUCCGACGUUGCCCAUAGCUCUGGCAAAGGAAUCUAAAGCCUGUGUAGAUUUUGUGGCAAACCAAUCGACUUCUGUGUCGAGCCAUUUGUUACGGUCGAGCGAGAUGUCAGAUGUUCAUGACAGAGUCACUGAUCGAGGUAUGGACAUGGAUUUAAUCGAAUGGCUAGGAGUAUUGGAAGAAACAUCUGCUGGUUCUUCCACUUCGAACAGUUUCCAGCAUCCAACUUCUUACGGUAUUUCGAACGAUCACGAUCCCCUCUUUUCGAAUGGACAUGACACGUUAGAAUUGUUCUCCAGCGACGAUAUGGAUUUUAAACCACAGCAUGACUUGAACUUCUUGCCGUGGGGUGACAAAACAGACUUUGCCGCAUAAGAUGUUCGAUGGUGAUCCAUUAUGUGCUUUUAUUUAAAGAAUUGAAUUUCCGUUGAAGCUGUACGAAAUAAGACGGCUAUGGCAGAGAGAUGAGACUUGCGCCCCUACAUUGCAGUCAAAGAUGCUUCUGUUGUUGACAACUAAAAACUUUUCAUUUCUGUUUAGGCGUUUUAAUGCUUACCAUUUGCCAUACUGCGACCUUGUUAUGUCUUAUUUUUGCCAUCCCCUUGCAGUUGUUUACUGUUUGAUGUGUCCGCUGCGUUGUUAAGAAACAGAAGCUGUGCAAGAGUGUGAAUGGACUUAAGAUGACUGUAAUCUUCCCAAUGAUGACAUUGGAAUUUGUGAAUUCAAAUGCUUCUGAGUAUUUGUUUUUCUCCGAGUGCGUUUAAGUUAUCAGCCCUAAGUGAAUCCUUAAAUUGUACAUAUACGAAAUUGUAUGUGGAAUUCAUAGACAAAAAAUAUUCAUUACCAACUGAGGACUGGACCAGCAAAGAUUCCCUCCUAAAUUUUGCCGCCCAAAAUGUUUGUAUUUUUAAAUGUGGUUUGCAUUAUUUAGGAGCUUGAGGACCAAUAGAGCUUUUUUUCUUUUUUAUUUACUGUGAAAUGAAUGGGAGGUGUCCUCACAAAUUUUUCAGUACUUUCAACUAACACAAAGAUAUUUUCUUUUCUUUUUUUUUUCUUUUUUUUUUUUUUUUCGGCGCAUACAUUUUCCGUUUGUAGCUCGGAUGGCUACUGUUAGAAGAUCUGCUUGAGAUCUUGUUUUAAUUCAAAGCAAUUUAGGUAACUUAAGUGUUUUUUAACUUAAGUCUUCAUGAACUCAGUAAAUCAUCCCUUUCUUAACUGUAAUUAAAGUUACUGAGUUCAUUGACUCAGAACUAUAACUGAAAUGAACAAACUGAAAUGAACUAUAGCUGAAAUGAUCAAAGCAAAUGAAAAUUAUCGUAAAACCAAUAUAUUUUCUUUUAUGUUGCCUGACAUAUGUUUUGAUGUUUUAGAUGAUAUCAUAAAAGCAGUUUUAAACUGUAACACAUAUUAUGCGAUUUUGAAUGAUAACUGUAGAAAAUUAAAAAUAUACGAUGAAUGCCAAUGUCUCCUACUUCAAAAAGUGCUGUUUGUUAACUGAGGACAUCUCCUUAGUUUGAAGAAAUGUCUGUUUUACAAAAAUUUUUGUACUUUGAACAACAGAAAUGCAGAGUGUGUUCUGAACCUCUUAUAACAAAAUGCUUCCGUUAUUUGAGGAUAUGUUGUAAUUUUGAAAUGACGAUGUUAGAUAAUGAGACAAGCUGUUUCUUCUUUAUUUUAUUCGAAAGAGAAGAAACCGUCAUUAAAAAUCAACUACUGUAAUGUAAAAAGAGUUAAAUAUCUUAAAACAGCUUUCGUAGAAAUGAAAAAAGGGCCUAUUAUAUAAAGUUCUUUACCAUCUGCUACGCGUUUGAUAUGUGUUAAAAUGAAUUCUGGCCACCUCUCAAACAUGCUUCUCCUACAAAUGUGACCAUUCUAAGAGAUCUGAGAAUAUUUCCUUAUGCCUUUCUCUCAAAAGUGUCUAAAAAUGAGUAUUGUUAGAAAACGAAUAUCAUAAAAUGAAAAAGAAGCCUUUCUUGUAAAAAUGCAAUACAUGAAGUAUUGUAAAUACAUGCUUAAAAUAAGAGUUAUUAUUUUCCGCCACCAUCUAUCUUGUAAUUCAAGAAGCUCAUUUUAUAAUCAGAAUGUUUUUUAUUAAGUUCUGGUUUUAAUGUCAUGAUUCAAAAGCACAGUUUCAAAGUGUUUUUUACCGUCAACUGAAGUCUAAACAUAUCUCCCAAUUUCUGCGGAAUUUUCGUAAUUUUAACAAAACUUUGACUAGUUUUACGAUCAAAAAUUCUGUUUCCUUACAAAUUUUGCUUUUAUUUUGUGAAGGCGUCAAUAGUUGUGCCAAACAGAUGACUUGUAAACUUAAUCUUGCAUUUAAAAUGCAUAUUCUUGGCAGCCAUUUUGGGUAUUGUUUGAAAUUUUCUUUAGCAAAUCAAAAACAAUUUCUUCCUUUAUUCAAAUAUGAAUACUCCUGUUACAUAUUUCUAAAUCGAUUUAUUACUAUUUUGGCGUGUUUAAAAUUAAUUUGUCUACAAAAAUUUCAUCCGGUGAUUUUCGAAUUUUAUGACGAUCUUUUUUUAAAAAAUGCAAUAAUAUAUUUACGAUAUCAUUAAGUUAAAGGUAAUACAUCAAAAUUAGAUUGUUUAGAAAAACUGCAUAAUUUUAUUAUUAUUUUCUCCUGGCCACGUUCAAAAUGUUUUUAUGAUAUUUUGACGAUUUCUGAAUUUACCCUUUCUGAAAUUUAAAGAAAAUAAUAUAUGUUAUACAGAACAGUUUCCAAAUUACACAUGUAAAUUACUUUUCAGCGAAUGGACAUUUUAGAUGCUGUAAUUAUGUUAAAAUUUAUUUCAUUCGUGCAAUUUCUCCUGAUAAGUUUUUAUCCGUGUAAUUGUUUCAAAAAAUUUUCAAAUAUUUAUUUAAUUCAAUAAUUUGCUCUUUUUUUAAAAAAAAAUAUUGAUUUUUAUUAAGUCAAAGAUGACAGGUAUGUUUACAUAAAACAUUUGUUCGUAAGUCAAAAUUGAAGAUGUCUAUGCAUAGAUUUUCCUGAAUAAAAGUUUUUUAAUCCAUUUGCUACUGUAAAAUCUAAUUUAGGAAAAAACACUUAUGCUAAAAUUUCUGUUAGAGCAUUUUCCCCCUUCAGAUACUGUAUAACCCAAAGUUUUUCUUGAAGUUUCAAAUGUUUUUAAUGUUUUAAAAAUGCUUCUAAAGAAAUAAUUUUUGUUUUAUUUAGAAUUCCUUACUAUUAUAUAUGGCGUUUAUAAACGUGCCGAACAAAAUAACCAACAUUCAAGAGAAUAUGAGCUUAGAAAAUUUAUCUAUUAAUGUACAUUUAAAUAGAUGUAAAAACAGUUAAUGCUUCAGAAGUUAUUUCUUGAAUAUGAUAAGAGUUGCUACUAAAAAACUUGAAAACAUUGCAGCUGUAUGAUAAUGUAGUAUUAUCUACAGUUUUGUUAUUACGAAUUGUUUUAUUAAAAUAGUUUUGAAAUAAUCAGCCUUUCCGGUAAAAAUGCAAAAUUUAUAACUUUCUGAGAAAUAUUUCAGCAUUUAGCAAUACAGUUCAAUGAAUAACUCAUUUUUGGCUGUUCACAUUUGAAGUGAUAUAAGCUAAGGCUGUAUAAUAGAAAUCACAAGUAUAUGAAAUAUCUUCUUCUCUUCCCUUGUAUCAGGAUUAAAAUUUUUUUGGGGGGAAAGCCUGAAAAAUAAUGCUUUAUGAAAAAUAUUCCAUUUUUCCUGUUUUAUUCUAUUCUUAAAUUUCAAUAUAAGAAAAACUGAAUUAAUAUUUUUUCAUUACU